GGGGUCUGGAGCUAGGGGACAGAGUUGCAGGGCCGGCCCGUGUCCCUGUGAGGCUUUCUCCCGAAUCCCUGCUGUCUUAGGGCCGCGGAGGCGCACUGGCCACCGAGGUCGCAGGCGUGGCUACGGCCGUACCUUCUGGUGGUGUAGUCGUCACUGUGGGUGUGGGUCUGCGUGGGAACUGGGUUCCAGAGCCUGGUCCCGAGAAGGGCGGCGGAGCGGAGCCAGUGCGCCCAGGCCGGGCUCGUGAGGGGUCUGAGAGCGCGCCUGAAAGCGGAGGAACCGCCCCGCCCGGGACGGCAGCGCGGGGCGGGAGGCCGGGUUCGAUAGCCCUGCUCUGGGCCCUGCGGGUUGGCUGGGCGUCACCUCGAGGAGUGGGAUGCCGGAUGUCACCCAGCUUACUCCCUGCUCCCUGAACUGUAGGGAGGAUCGCAGGGCUGCGGCCGCAGAACAGAGAUUUGGACCUAGUGAAAGGACGUCGCCCCUUAGUCCCAGCUAUGGACUCCACAGCAUCAGGCCCAGGAGCAUGAAGUCCCAGUGUCCAGACACCGUAGUAGAAGUGGACGGAAUGGCCACGGAAGACUUCCCAAAGGCCAGAGGAGAGCGGGUUCUCCCUUCUCAGGACCCUGCUCUUCCUCCAGAGAGAUACCCAGGAGAAAAGGGAACAGCCAGUUUAUUCCUGAAAGCCAGGCCCCAGGAUCUGAUGACAUUCGAGGAUGUAGCUGUGGAAUUCACCCAGUGGGAAUGGGGGCAGCUGGACCCUGCUCAGCAGGACCUAUACAGGGAAGUGAUGCUGGAGAACUUCAAGAAUCUGGCCUCUCUGGGGCUUCCAGUAUCUAAACCAUAUGUGAUCACCCAGCUGGAGGAAGGGAAAGAUCCCUGUGUGUUAGAUGGAGAAAUCUCAACAGAUUUCAUACUGGAGAGAAACCCUACAAAUGUAAUGAAUGUGGAAGAGCCUUUGGUCAUACUUCGUCUCUUAUUAAACAUCAGAGAACUCAUACUGGAGAAAAGCCCUAUGAAUGCAGGGAAUGUGGGAGAACCUUCAGCCAGAACAAUCCCCCAUCCCGGUCUGCGCUGCGGCGCGGUCCUCUGGCCUCGGGAAUUCAGCCGCAGGCUGUGGCCAGCCGUUCGGGAGUUGCAGUAG